GGCAGCUUGCAAUCUGUGGAUGCCACGUCAGGAUAUGUUUAUCCGUGUGCGCGUCAUUUUCGUUAUAUAUAAAGCUCCGUCCUUUCCCUCUUUCCACUCGUCCUCUGCAUUUCUCAUUUCUUUCUUUUCGUUCUGCUCACUGCAUUUCGUGCUUUCUGGGUUCUGGCCUCUCUUCCUCGCCCCUUCUUUCCAACUGCUGCUUCGGCCAUCAAGCCCUUCACUGUUUCUUUUUAUUCUGACAUUCGAGGGAACGCAUUGUGAAACAGAAACAAUGGCCUUAGAUUUGCAUUAUGAGGAUUUUGCAGCGCAAACUGAUGCCUUUGGAGAUAAAUCUUGUGUGGAAAAGUGGAAUUCUGCCCCUGAAGCCAUUGCAGACUCUGAUAGGGAUGCUCCUGGUGACUUCGAAUGCAAUAUCUGCCUGGAUUCCUUGCAUGAUCCAGUAUUAACUCUUUGCGGUCAUCUCUACUGCUGGCCCUGCAUUUACAGGUGGCUCCAUUUUGGUAAUGCUUCUUCUCAAAACAUAGUUCAGGAAAGGACAUUCUGCCCAGUAUGCAAAUCAGAAAUCUCUCAAUUCUCCCUCGUUCCCGUAUAUGGACGUGUCCAAAUCACAAAACCUUCCAAGGGUAAGUCUCCCAAUGUAGGGACUGCCAUACCUCCAAGACCUCGCGGUCCCGUGUCAGUUCAUGACUUUGCAAGAUCAUGUAACAGCAUAGCUGCAGCUCAUGACUCGUCAAGAUCAUAUAAUACCGCAAGUGCUUCCCGGCCAGCUACGCAAUUUCAUCAACGCCCUUAUGCUUAUCACACUCAACAGUUGAAUGCAUUUGACACAACACAUGGAGUUUUUGGUCAGAUGAUAUAUGCGAGAGUCUUUGGUAAUCAGUUGACAAACGUGUACACUUCUAAUUCAUAUGGUCUCACGGGGAACAACAAUCGGAGGGUGAGAAGGCAUUUGAUGCUAGUGGAUAAAUCACUCAGCAGAAUCUGUUUUUUCAUCUUCUGCUGCACAGUUGUGUGUCUUCUCUUAUUCUGAUUUCCAGUUGCUGCUUCAUUUUUCUGCGUGUUAAUACGUCCUUGUAAAAAGAAAUAUUGGCAUGUGAAUAUAGUCAGAUUUUGUACAUAUGUAAGAAAAGGUACAUAUAUUAGUGCCGAUAAAUUAUCAAAUCGCCUUGAGCUUUAAGCAGUAUUUA